AUGGCCGGCGACAGAAGCGCAGGUGUUGACGGCGAAAUUCUGGGACGGCUGGGAGAGUUGAGGGAGUGCCAAGAUCUCUUCGAAUCCGCGAAGCAGAUGCUGAAGACGAAGCAAGAAUUGCAUGACGUUUCCAAAGACCUCUGCGCUGGCUGCCCAAACAUGCUCUGGAAGGAGGGUGGCAAAUGGAAAGCGGUGAACCCUGCAGCGGCGGAGAUUAAACGGCUGAAAGAGGAGGUCGCGGCGCUUUGCCACAAAGCCUUUACAGGCGGCGUGACAGAAGCUGAAGAGAAGGGGUGGCUGAUGAUGAUGACGGAGAGUGAGGACUAUCGUCGUCGUUUGCAUCGUCUUGCUAAUCCUCCCCGUCGCCGGGGGCAGGCCGCGUCACAGCAAGAUCAGAGCCAGCUGGUGCAGGAAAACCCAGAGCCCCAACAGAGCUCUGAUCCUCCUGUGUCUCGAGAGCCUCCGCACUGCGAAGAUCCGCCUCCCUGGGAUCUUCCGGGCGAGUCGAAGACCACGCAGCAGGCUGAGACGUCACCGAGCACCGCUCCACUGGAGGGCGCGAGAACAGAAAGCGGUCCGGAUGCAGGCCACGCUGACGGACAGGAUGAGCCAGGGGGCGACUCUGGUGGCAACUGGUGGGAGUGUCAGCGAUGGCAGUGGCAGCGCGAAGAAUGGAAUUGGAACGGGGAAAACCGUGACAAAUGGCGAAAGGCUGCAUGGUCCGAGGAUGCCUGGCAAAGCCACGCUGGCGAAGAGAGCAAGAGCAGCUGGGACAGACAGCAUGAGGGCCGAAACGACUCCGGCACCUGGCAUGGUAAUGCGUGGCACGACUGGCAAUCCCAUGAAGGGCAGCAGAACGACAGUCAACAGAAUGAGAGAGGAAGCAGCUCGGGCGAUCGUGGCGAUAGUGCCUGGCGUGCCGGUGCAUGGCAGCAGCGCCCAUGGCAAUAA